AUGCCAACAGGGCUUGCCGUAGAGGCUGUGGUGAGUCGGUGCUUCCCACCACUUCAGGACGGCGCGGCUCCGAGGGCUGGCAUACAGGGCUUCUCUACUGAGGGUAUGUCCCUUGAGCAGGUAGCCCUCUUGCGCCAUGAGUCAAAUCAAGAUCAAAACCGCGACCCAGAAGUGGAGGAGCUUUUGAAGGGCGCAGUGCACGGUGGCCCCAAGUCAGAGGUGCCUCGCACAUCAGAUGCUUAUGAAGGGACGGGACCGAUGAAGCGAUCAUUUGACAACCGAUUCCCGCCGCGCGCUACCCCUGCAAAGAAGGUAAAGCUUGAGGGCGCUGCUGACCCCUCAAGUAAGGCCCUUCCUUCGCGGUCCAAGCCUGCGUACACCCCGCGUGAGCAUACCAAAUCCCAGGCUAAGGUGAAGAGGGAUGCGAGGCGUCGUGAGCUACAGCUUCAGAGCCGCGCUCGCAAGGCUGAGGAGCUCAAGUCCAAAGGUGGCCUGGAUGCGCUCACCUUUCGCACCUCCAGCACUGGCUGGCAGGGCACGAACUACGGAUCCACGAAGGAAGGUAAGGAGCUCAUAGCUCAGUGGGAGGACUACAGCAUUCUUCUACGCCUAAAGGACUUUGAUAGAGUUCCCUACUGCGGCUUGAAGACUCACAUUAGGGACUCUCAAGGGCGGCUGUGGCUGGUGCGCACCUUUGUUGGCGAGCGUAUUGAGGCGCUUCUCCCGGCAUUUGAAAAGCAGGCCGCAGCAUUUGUAAGCACCGUUGAAACCAACAGGAGUGGCUUUACAGAGGCUGAGAUGGAGGAGAAUUCAAGAGGAUCUCAUUGGAGUAGCAUAUGCGGGCAUGACAGGAAUUCUAAACAGGUGCCCACCCUCACAGCCUGGCAUUCCUCAAAUGCUGAGGCUGUUGACGCACUUUGGAGACCUGACGGUGCAAUGUUUCAGAUAAGGCAGGCCUUGCACUCCGUCCCACUGCCUGAGCCUCACACCUCCUCUAGCGCCAUUAUGAACCGAGUGUUUCGGGCCGAGUUUCCCCUGCUAGCAAAGAGAUACGCGGACUGCUCACAAGCCCUGGGCAUCAGCCCUCUUUAUGGUCAUUUUUUUAGCUUCUGCCUUAAUUCUGCAAGAGCAGGGGUUGAGAGAGUUCACUGCAGUCCCCACGUGGACUGGAAGAAUAUUGCAAUAGGUGUUUGCGUUGUCUUUGUAUAUGGCAAGUUCAACAGCAAAGAGCGCUCCUGGCUUGUGAUAUGGGAGGCUGGUUUGAUCUUGGAGAUGCCGGCAGGUGUUUUUGUCAUGUACCCCUCCUCCCUCUUCUUUCACUUCAACGUGGACGUUUGCGAUCUUAAGCUGGUGUGCACAGACGGUAGGCCUCCUACCCCAGAAAAUUCUUCUUUAUUAGAUGGAGGGAAUGGAAGAGGGUCAUGCGUUUGGUUUAACCAAUCGAGCAUGUUUCAGACUGCCGAGCUAGGCUUUGCAACUAUUGCACAGGCUAGGGAGGCAGGAGUCCCUUGUAACUCUGAUUCUUCCUCUCUUAUUAGCCGAGGAUUUUUUCCAUUAGCUUGA